CCCACAGCCCGCAUUACGCCCUCUGUUCCAUCCCGUCCUUCCCAUCGUCCUCGUGCUCCCUUCGCUUCUUCCCACUAUUCUUCUCCACCACUUCUUCCUUCUUCAUCUUCUUCUUCUUCCAUCUCAGACGCAGGCUUCCUCCCGCCGCCUUUCAUUCUCCAGCCACUCGUCUCCACCUGUUUGAUUGAUUUCCUCUCGAAUUGGUAAAUUGGGUUCGUUCCAAGGUUCCUUUAGUUCCGGCCGACCCAGAAAGUAAACUUCUGUCUUCGAUCUCUGUAUCACUCCCAAUGGAGGGGUUUGGAUUCAGCGAUGCCAGUAGUGCUGUGAGGAAGAAGAGGAGCAGUACAUCACGUCGCCCUCGGCCGGACUCUCAGCUGCCUUCUGAUUACCACGACAUGUCUUCCUUAUCGUCCACUCCACCUUCCGAAAAUAAUGCGAUGAAAGCUGAAGAUGGAGGGUUUGUGGAGUCAGAUGAAGCUUCCAACAACGGCUCUUUAACUUCUUUUCGCGGUAGUAAUGAACAGAGGCACGGUGUGACUGAUUCCCGGAGGUGCAGUGAAGGGGUACUCGCACCAGUGAAUUGGAAGAAUUCUAGUGGGAACUUUGAAGCUGCUUCAGAUGGAGGAGGCACUAAUGGUAACAAGGUUAAAAAGGUUAAGCUUAAGCUUGGGGGUGUUACUAGGACGAUCAAUGCUAAUUCUGCAUCAGAUGGUGCAUCUGCUGUUGGGCCUUCUUCCACAAAAUCUUCUCAUUUCCCAGGUUCAGAACAGAAGCCUGCAAAGGACACUGUAGCUGAUCAUAACCGUUCCAUUACGUCUGAUAGGGGGAGUGGCUCACGAGGAGUAUGGAAGGAGUUGCCUAAAAGUGGCUCAAGUGGUGGCAAAGGCGAUGCGCUCAGGGUUAAGACACCUGAUGAAAAUCGCCCCGCACCAAAGCAGGCAGAUAAUAGCUACGAGCCUGUCCGUAAGAGCAAACGUGUCCCAAAGAGACGUCUAUUAGAUGGGAUGUUCGACGAUGGGGGCGAGGAGGACGACGAGAUUCGAUACCUUGAGAAGGUCAGUUAUGGUAUGGAAUUCGAAGAUGAGGAUGAAGCUGGUAGCAGGAAGAAGCGGAGAUUAUCUAAGGUAAUGAAAGCGAACGUCAAUGUUGUACAUGAUGCUGAUGCUCGGGGCUCAUCGAGGUCGGGCAAAGAGGCGAAGAAGUCAAAGUCAGGCAAGGUCUCUGGAGACACUGAUUAUAUGGAUGAUGAUGAAUUGGCUUCAGAAGGCGAGCCAACGACUAAGAAGAAGAGACUGAGGAAAGAGUUGGCUGACAUACCUGUUGUUGAGACGAAGAAGGAAAUUACGGUUACCACUCGUCAGAGAGCUCUUCAAACUGGCAAAGAUGCAUCUACUGAUGUGGGUGCUGGCUUGAUUGAGUUCCCUAAUGGACUGCCUCCAGCGCCUCCGAAAAAACAAAAGGAGAAGCUCUCUGAAGUGGAGCAACAACUAAAGAGAGCUGAAGCGCUUCAGAGGCGUAGAAUGCAGGUGGAAAAGGCAGCUAAGGAGUCUGAGGCUGAGGCAAUCAGAAAGAUUCUGGGCCAAGAUUCGAGCAGGAAGAAGCGUGAGGAGAAAGUAAAAAAGCGGCAGGAAGAAAUAGCGCAGGAGAGAGCUGCAAACGCCAUGGUGCUCCCAUCUGACCGAGUGAGAUGGGUAAUGGGUCCUUCUGGCACAGUAGUAACAUUCCCUGAAGAGGUCGGCCUUCCCAGCAUAUUUGAUCCCAAGCCCCAAAGUUAUCCACCUGCAAGAGAGAAAUGUGCUGGACCAUCUUGUCCUAAUCCAUACAAGUACAGAGAUUCCAAGUCCAAGCUUCCACUUUGCAGUCUGCAAUGUUAUAAGGCAAUCCGUGCAUGAUAAGGAAUACCGUCUUCUUCCUGAUUAAUCGUAAUAAUUGACUCCGAGUGUUGAUAGCAUGAGAUCAUUAGCUGAUUUGUUGUCUAAUUAGCAUCUCAAUUAUAGUAAAUGGUAAAUAAAAGACAUUGUUAUUGUUAUCUUUCACCAAUUUUUGUAAUUUUUUCAGCUCCUGUGAUUUUGCUCUCCUGUAUAUGUAUUAUGUAUAUGAUGGCAAUUGGCAAGUCAAGAAAGUUUAAGUUGCAUUCGCUACCUCUGUUGCACGUCCCUACCACUACUGUGGCCAAGACAUUGAAAAUCUUGCUAAAUUUUAUCACCAUGUUCUUUGAUCUUUCCAGUUUACAAUCUAUGGUUAACGAGCAUUUACCGAAUAUCGAC